AUUACCAGGUGCACAUGCGAAUGCACAUGAACGACAAGCCGCAUAAAUGUGAAAAUUGUGAUAAAUCAUUUGUACAAGCGAUCACCUUAACGAAACACAAGCGAGUUCAUCAAAAGGAUGACAACGUGGUGCAACAAUUUAAAUGUACUGACUGUGAAAAAACAUUCACUUUCAAUCAUCAGCUCGUUGAACAUCGUCGAAUACAUACUGGCGAACGACCAUAUCAGUGCAAUGAAUGCAACAAUCGAUUCACAUCCACAGCACAACUUAAGCGACACACCAAGACCAAGCACGAGAAACGUCAUACGCCCAAACCAGAAACGUCUUCAACUAAAGUCUCGAAUACGGAAAAGGAGCCACCGACCUGCCCUGAGUGUUUCAACACAUUUAGCAACAAGGUAUGUCUGACCAGACACAUGAAAAUCCAUUCGGGAAUCAAACCAUUUAAAUGUGACUACUGCGAAAAAUGUUUCGUCUCACAAAGCGAUUGCAAGAAGCACAUGCGAAUUCAUACGGGCGAGAAGCCCUAUCAAUGUGAAAUUUGCCAAAAACAAUUCGCAUUCUCCAAUGGCUUUCAUUUUCAUAUGACUGCCAGCCAUUCAGUUGGAAAACCAUUUCAGUGCUCAUUAUGUGACAAAGGAUUUUAUUGCUCAAGCGACCGUAACAAACAUCUUAAACUGCACAACAAACAGAAUAUUCUGACUUUCUUGUAUGUAUAAAAAGCUGAAAUCAGAAUAAAUAAAAUCGAUAUUUUUCGUCGGUAUUUUGUUUAUUCAAACAGAUAUAUUGUUUACAUUGGAAAUUCAAAUAAACUACGAUAUGAAAGAAAAACCAACUUCAUGC